GGUUUGUUACCACUAGCGCCAUUCGGGAAGCCCCAACCCUAGCCAAAUACCAUCAUUUCUCGUCCAUAUAUUUGUGCCAACUCCCACCCUGCUUCCUGGAUUGCCUCCUUCCCAUCACUCUCCCAAAUUUCAGUGAAUGUGAUCUUUCCAAGAAACAAAUCUGGGGAAGUCAUUUCACUGAUUACUCUCCAAGUACCCUAGUAGUGCCAGCAAGUUUCUUUUUUAUUUGAAGCAAGUUUACUUCACCCCUUUUCUAAGCGGACAAGCAUUUUCUCCAUUCCAAACAUUUUUCAUUUUACUGUCAUGAUGUUUAUCACUAAUGUGUCAUGAUGGUUAUCGCCCCCUGUGUCUUUGUUUAUGUCAUUCCUUAUGUGCUUCGAAUGCACUUUGCAUCUCCUCUUUUCCCUGGCUAGCCACCACCCACACUCCAGAAUUUAAUUUGCUUUUUUCUUUCCCUUAGAUUUCUUUUCCAAGACCCAAGUUUAAAUUGUGUGCCCCUGUCCUGUGCUCCGAGAGCACCUGAACUUCUCCAAUUAUAAUGUCUGGCUACUGUAUUUUUAUUGCUUAUUUAUUUGUCUGCUUUCAUACCCUCAAGAAUGUACAAUCCAUUUCUACAUAUUUGACCAUUCCAUCUCCAUGAUUUUGUAUGAUACCUAGACCAACUGGGCUCAAUAAAACUUAAAAAACAAUCAAUCAAUUGGAUGAAUGAAUGGAUGGGUGGAUGAACGGAUGGAUGGAUGGAUGGAUAAAAUAGUUAAUAUGAUUAAAGACUGAAAGGGAGUUGCAUAUUUAGAAGGCAGUAACAAAAUGCGUUCAUGUUCACGUAAGUAGAUGGUAAAGACAAUUAAGAUCUUUCUUGGGCAGAGUAAGUCAAAGCUUGUUUUUGAGGUCUUGCUACUUCUCCUUUCAUCUUUUCACUUCCUUAAUACAGAGAAAUAUAUCUAUUAUCAUUCUUCCAGAACCUAGCUCUUUAUCUGCAAUUCAGCAGUAUCCUCCAAGAAAAAAAGCUGUUCUUUUAAUCCAUUGUCAUUUCCAUAGAGGACAACUAAAUUCUGAAACUGCUUCAAUAUUGAGUAGACAUAUCUGAUGGAGGACUUGCAGGAGACUGACUUGUAGUGAAAUAUCUAUUUUGAGCCUUUCAGUGUUGCUUAAAUUAUAGCUUCCCCUGCCAGCUAUUCAUGCAAGAGAUGAGAGGAAAGCCAUAAAAGGCACUAUGAGGAAGCAGAAGGAGGGAGCAAGAGAGAGAAGGGAUUGAAAAGCCGAUUAGCUGCUUUACGGGAAAACCCAGGGAAAAUGAGCACUAAUGGGAAUGUGGAUUUUAUCCCUCCAGGAAUCCUAUUUAGCUUGCCAAGAAUUAACCUUGACUGUAAUUAAGUCCCUUAGAGCAACGACCCUUUCAGAGAAUGUUCAGAGACCUCUACUUUGUUUAGACACCUUGUGUGGGUGGAACUUCCUGUUUACACAGAGAGCAGCAUAAAGCCUAGUUGCUCCGAGGAAAGUUUGGGACCAGACCAACCGCAGGGAGAAAGGUGCAACACAGUCUGGUCUCCUCCAGUCCCUUCUCCCUGCAGUAUGGGGAAGAACAAACUCCUUCAUCCAAGUCUUAUUCUCCUUCUUCUGCUUUUGCUGCCGACAGAUGCUUCAGCCUCUGGGAAACCGCAAUACAUGGUGCUGGUCCCCUCCCUGCUCCAUACUGGGACCCCUGAGAAGGGCUGCCUUCUUCUGAGCCACCUGAAUGAGACGGUGACCGUCAGCGCCUCCUUGGAGUCUGUCAGAGAGAACAGGAGCCUCUUCACUGAUGUGGUGGCAGAAAAGGACUUAUUCCAUUGUGUCUCCUUCACUCUCCCAAGAUCUCCAACCAGUCAAGAGGUAAUGUUCCUCACCAUCCAAGUGAAAGGAUCAACCCAAGAAUUCAAGAAGCGGACCACAGUGUUGGUUAAAAAUGAAGAGAGCCUGGUCUUUGUCCAGACAGACAAACCCAUCUAUAAACCAGAGCAGACAGUGAAAUUUCGUAUUGUCUUUUUGGAUGAAAGUUUUCACCCCCUGAAUGAGUUGGUUCCACUAGUAUAUAUAGAGGACCCCAAAGGAAAUCGCAUCGCACAGUGGCAGAACCUCGAGGUAGAGAAUGGCCUCCAGCAGUUGACCUUUCCCCUCUCGUCAGAGCCCUUUCAGGGCUCUUAUAAGGUGGUGGUACAGAAGGGAUCAGGUGGAACUGCCGAGCACCCCUUCACCGUGGAGGAAUUUGUGCUUCCUAAGUUUGAAGUGCAAGUAAGAAUGCCAAAGAUAAUCACCAUUUUGGAAGAAGAGAUGAACGUGUUAGUGUGUGGCCUAUACACUUAUGGGAAGCCUGUCCCAGGACAUGUGACUAUGAACGUGUGCAGAAAGUACAGGAACCCUUCUAAUUGUUAUGGUGAAGAAUCCAAUGCUGUCUGUGAGAAGUUCAGUGGGCAGCUGAACACUGAGGGCUGCUUCUCUCAGCAAGUAAACACCAAGAUCUUCCAGAUGAAGAGACAAGAGUUUGAAAUGAAAAUUGAAGUGGAAGCAAAGAUUCAAGAAAAAGGAACAGAGGUGGAAUUAACUGGAAAGGGGGCCACUGAAAUAACAACAACCAUCACCAAACUCUCAUUUGUCACAGUGGACUCAAACCUUAGACGAGGGAUUCCUUUCACUGGGCAGGUGCUCCUAGUGGACGGGAAAGGUGUCCCCAUGCCAAAUAAAGUCAUCUUCAUCACAGCAAAUGAAGCCAACCACAAAUCUAAUGCCACCACUGAUGAGCACGGCCUGGCAGAGUUCUCCAUCACUACCACCAACAUCAAGGGCACCUCCCUCAGUAUCAGGGUCAAAUACAAGGAUCACAGCCCUUGUUACGGCUACCAGUGGCUGUCAGAAGAACAUGAAGACGCUUAUCACAAUGCUAAUCUUGUGUUCUCCCAAAGCAACAGCUUUGUCUACCUUGAGCCCUUGCCUCGUGAACUGCCCUGUGGCCAAACUCAGACAGUCCAGGCACAUUACGUGCUGAAGGGACAGGUCCUCAAGAAGCUAACAGAGCUCGUGUUCUAUUACCUGAUAAUGGCAAAAGGAGGCAUUGUCCGAUCUGGGACUCACACACUGCCCGUGGAGCAGGGAGACAUGCAAGGCCAUUUUUCCAUGUCAGUCCCCGUGGAGUCAGACAUUGCUCCUGUCGCUAGGCUGCUCAUCUAUGCCAUUUUACCUGACGGGGAAGUAGUAGGGGAUUCUGCAAGAUAUGAGGUUGAACACUGUCUGACCAACAAGGUGGGUUUGAACUUCAGCCCCAGACAAAGUUUCCCGGCUUCCCAGGCCCACCUUCGAGUCACCGCUUCCCCUCAGUCCCUCUGCGCCCUCCGUGCUGUGGACCAAAGUGUGCUGCUCAUGAGGCCUGAAGCCGAGCUCUCAGCGGCCACGGUUUAUAACCUGCUACCAGUCAAGGACCUCAGCAGUUUCCCCUCAAGUGUAAAUCAACAGGAGGAAGACAAUGAAGACUGCAUCAGUCGUGACAAUGUCUAUAUCAAUGGAAUCAUGUAUUCCCCAGUAUCAAAUACAAAUGAAAAAGAUAUGUAUAGCUUCCUACAGGAUAUGGGCUUGAAGGCAUUCACCAACUCAAAGAUUCAUAAACCCAAGAUAUGUCCACAGCCUGAACAAUAUAGAAUACAGCCUCAAAGACUAUUAGCUUCACCAGUCAUAGCUGAAAUGGGAAGACAUGGUGAUUUUAUGCAUCUUGAGGAUACUGCAGAGCCUCCCACGGAGACUGUGCGAAAGUACUUCCCUGAGACAUGGAUCUGGGACUUGGUGGUUGUAAGCUCCUCAGGUGUGCAUGAAGUAGAAGUAACAGUCCCUGAUACCAUCACUGAGUGGAAGGCCGGGGCCCUCUGCCUGUCCAGUGACACUGGACUUGGCCUCUCUCCGACUGCCUCUCUCCGAGUCUUCCAGCCCUUCUUUGUGGAGCUGACGAUGCCCUACUCUGUGAUCCGUGGAGAGGCCUUCACACUCAAGGCCACAGUGUUAAACUACCUUCCCAAAUGCAUCCGGUGGGAAGGAGUAGAAGUCAUUUUCAUUAUGGCUGAUUUGUUUCUUUCUCUAGGUGCCAAGGUGUCUGAACCAUUAUCUCUGAAGCUGCCACCAAACGUGGUGGAAGAAUCUGCCCGAGCCUCCUUCUCAGUUUUGGGAGACAUAUUAGGCUCUGCCAUGCGAAACACACAAAAUCUCCUCCAAAUGCCCUAUGGUUGUGGAGAACAGAAUAUGGCCCUCUUUGCCCCUAACAUCUAUGUUCUGGAUUAUCUAAAUGAGACACAGCAGCUGACUGCAGAACUGAAGUCCAAGGCCAUCCUCUACCUCAACACUGGUUACCAGAGACAGCUGCUCUACAAGCACUUCGACGGCUCUUACAGCACCUUUGGGGACCAUCACAGCAACAGUGAGGGCAAUACCUGGCUCACGGCCUUUGUACUGAAGAGUUUUGCCCAGGCUCGAGGCUAUAUCUUCAUUGAUGAAGCACAUAUUACCGAAGCUCUCACCUGGUUGGCCCAAAAGCAGAAGAGCAAUGGCUGUUUCAGGAGUUCUGGGUCUCUGCUUAACAAUGCCAUCAAGGGUGGGGUGGAUGAUGAAGUGACCCUCUCUGCCUACAUCACCAUUGCCCUUCUAGAGAUGCCUCUCCCUGUCACACACCCUGUCGUCCGCAAUGCCCUGUUCUGCCUGGACUCAGCGUGGAAGUCAGCCAAGGAAGGAUCCCAAGGCAGCCAUGUCUACACCAAGGCACUGUUGGCCUACGCCUUUGCCCUGGCAGGUAACCAGGAAAGGAGGACAGAGGUACUCGCGUCACUGGAUAAGGAAGCCGUGAAGGAAGAUAAUUCCAUCCACUGGACACGACCUCAGAAACCCAGGGUGCUCACGGAGGAUGUUUACCAACCCAGGGCUCCGUCUGCAGAGGUGGAGAUGACAGCCUACGUGCUCCUCACUUACCUCACGGCCCAGCCUGCCCCGACCUUGGAGGACCUCACCCAUGCCACGAGCACCGUGAAGUGGAUCUCAAAGCAGCAGAAUUCCCAGGGGGGCUUCUCCUCCACCCAGGACACAGUAGUAGCUCUCCACGCCUUGUCCAGAUACGGAGCAGCCACUUUCACCAGGACUGGGAAGGCUGCACAGGUGACCAUCCAGUCUUCAGGGACAUUUUCCACAAACUUCCAAGUGGAAAAUAGCAACCGCCUGUUACUACAGCAGGUUUCAUUGCCAGAGGUGCCUGGAGAGUACAGCAUAUCAGUCACAGGAGAAGGAUGUGUUUACCUCCAGACAUCUUUGAAAUACAAUGUUCUCCCGAAAAAAGACGAGUUCCCAUUUGCUUUGGAGGUACAGACUCUGCCCCAAACUUGUGAUGGACCCAAAGCCCACACCAGCUUCCAGAUCUCACUGAGUGUCAGUUAUAUCGGAAGCCGUCCAGCCUCCAACAUGGCAAUUGUUGAUGUGAAGAUGGUAUCUGGCUUCAUUCCCUUGAAACCAACAGUGAAAAUGCUUGAAAGAUCUGAUGUGAGCCGAACAGAAGUUAGCAACAACCAUGUUUUGAUUUAUCUGGAUAAGGUCACAAAUGAGACCCUGACCUUGACCUUCACAGUUCUGCAAGACAUCCCAGUAAGGGAUCUGAAACCGGCCAUAGUGAAAGUCUAUGACUAUUAUGAGACAGAUGAGUUUGCAGUUGCUGAGUACAGUGCUCCUUGCAGCAAAGAUACUGGAAAUGCUUAAAGACCAUGUCAAUGAAAACUGCUUUGCUGGAGUCCCUGUUCCACAGACUCAGAUCUCCAUGGGAGAAAGAUAAUUUUUAACAUCUCUGAAGGCUUGUUGAAUAAACCUUUUUUUUUUUUUCUGGUCAGUCUCUAUCACUGUUUCCUCAUUUACUCAAUAAAUGUUUAUUACACUUC